UUCUACUAGAGUCAAAUUGGUCCAAUUUGGAGAAGUUUUAUAGAAGAACGUGUGAAGAGGACAGCAUGAACUUUACCCCAACAUGUACCCCUGUCUGCAGAAAGCCGGGAACUCUUCCCAAGCAUGGUGCUGCGCAUGGCUUCAGUGGUUCUACCAGGUGGAAGGGCGUGUCUUUCUCAGAUUCAGUGGAGUCAACUCCUUUGCCUUCCAUCGAAGAUCGUCUGGCUGUUCUCUGCCCUUCUCAGGAGCUUCUGGGAUAUUAUCAAAAGAAGAUGGCUGAGUGUGAGGCAGAAAAUGAGGACCUGCUGAAGAAACUGGAGCUGUACAAAGAAGCUUGUGAAGGACAGCACAAACUAGAAUGGGAUUUGCAGCAGAGGGAAGAAGAGAUUGCUGAAUUGCAGAAAGCUCUAAGUGAUAUGCAAGUCUGCCUCUUCCAGGAACGGGAACAUGUUUUGCGCCUCUACUCAGAAAAUGAUCGACUGAGAAUCAGGGAGCUAGAAGACAAGAGAAAGAUUCAGAAUCUCUUGGCCCUUGUGGGAACAGACACUGGAGAAGUGACCUAUUUUUAUAAGGAGCCUCCCAACAAAGUCAGCGUUCUCCAAAAGACUAUCCAGACUGUAGAUAUUUGUGAACAGAAUGAAUCUUCAGCUUUCAAAGCAGAUUCUAAAGUGAGCAAAAGAAAACCAGCAAUGAGAGAGAAGGAAGAACGUUCUGAGAAGUACCAAAGAGACAUACAAACACUCAUCCUACAGGUAAAGAAUUUAUUUUGACAGAUCAGAGCAGUUUCUACCCAUGAGCUUAGCUUUGCGUACCAUGCCUUCACUGCCAUGUAAGUAUCUCCUUGCACACAUGUUAUAUCUAGGCAUCAUGUGAUUAAGAAAACUGAGGUUAUUCCUACUUUACAGAAAAUAAUUAUUUUGUAUUAACCAUUCUAGAGAUGUUACUCUGAAUCUUCAUUUCACUCAGCUUGUAUGCUAGGCCCUACAGAACAAAACCAUCAUACAGUAAGCAUUCCCUUUAUGGUU